AUCAUACUCAUGGUUAUACAUUGCGUUGUAUAUAUUGUACCUUAGAUAUUCAAUCUCAUUUGUUAUUUCCAAAGCAUAACCAUUUAAGAAUCUAUGGUCAUAGAACCUUCAUGUAGCACCCUAUCAGUGGGUCCCACAAACUAAAUGCAUUGCCAUCCCCACCUCUUAUUUCACACACCCUUCAAACUCACAUGGUCAUUGUGACCAGCAAAAGGUUGUUCAUUGUUUAGCUGUAUUGUUAUUGUUAUCGUUAUUUUUAAAAAUUGGAGGGUUAUGGAGAUAGAGCCUUCGGGUAGUGGCGGAGUGUGUAGCCGCGGUGAUGAUAUGACGGAUUAUGACAAUGCGGGAGUGUGUUUGGGUGGCAGCACGAGUAUGAGGGAACGAGCGACGUAUUUGGUGUGGCGGGAUUUAACGGUGGUGCUACCCAACUUUGGACAUGGUCACACCAAGAGAUUGCUUCAUGGGAUCAGUGGGUUUGCUGAACCGGGUCGGAUCAUGGCCAUUAUGGGGCCUUCUGGAUCCGGGAAAUCAACUCUUCUUGAUUCAUUAGCUGAUAGAUUAUCAAAGAACGUUGUAAAGACAGGUGACAUUCUCUUCAAUGGCAAGAAGAAUAAACAAAGAAAUGGUCUUGUCGCUUAUGUGACACAAGAAGAUGUUCUAAUGGGAACACUUACUGUUCGAGAAACAAUCACUUACUCGGCUUAUUUAAGGCUUCCAACGACAUUUAGUAACGAAGAAGUGAAGGAUAUUAUCGAAGGAACCAUAAUGGAGAUGGGUUUGGAGGAUUGUAGUGACACCUUGGUUGGAAACUGGCAUUUGAGGGGCCUAAGUGGCGGAGAAAAGAAGCGCUUAAGCAUCGCGCUUGAAAUCCUCGUACGACCACGUAUCUUGUUUCUAGAUGAACCAACAACUGGGCUGGAUAGCGCGUCAGCAUUUUUCGUGGUUCAAGCGUUAAAAAGCCUUGCUCGUGAUGGUCGAACCGUGAUUUCUUCUAUUCAUCAACCGAGUAGUGAAGUUUUUGCAUUGUUUGAUGACCUUUUUCUUUUGUCUAGUGGUGAAAAGGUCUAUUUUGGUGAAACAAAAGAUGCUGUUACGUUUUUUGCGGAAGCCGGGUUCCCAUGCCCGACUAAGAGGAAUCCGUCGGACCAUUUUCUACGAUGCAUCAAUUCGGAUUUCGAUGUUGUAACAGCCACCUUGAAAGGGUCUCAAAGACAUUAUGAAGAACCGAAAGGAUCGGAUGCGUAUAAAAAGUUUUCAGUCUCCGAGAUCAAAGCGACACUAGCCGAGAAAUACAAGUGGUCAAAAUACGCCAAGAAAGCCAAAUCGAAAAUGAAACAAAUCGCCGAAUUUCACGGACCUGAAACAAGCACGAUUACAACGAGCCAAGCGGGGUGGUGGAAGCAACUUACAACGCUGACUCGAAGGUCAUGCCUAAAUAUGUCUAGAGACAUUGGAUAUUAUUGGUUACGGUUGAUUAUUUACUCGGUUGUGUCCAUAUGUGUCGGUACAAUAUUCUACGACGUUGGGACUGGGUACACCGCGAUUCUAGCACGAGGUGCUUGUGGUGGUUUUAUAACAGGGUUCAUGGUUUUCAUGUCCAUUGGGAGCUUUCCGUCUUUCAUUGAAGAUAUGAAGAUAUUUACAAGAGAAAAGCUAAAUGGAUACUACGGUGUUGCUGUGUUCAUUCUAUCAAACCUCCUUUCGUCACUACCAUUUAUGCUUAUGAUCUCGUUUGUCACCGGAACAAUCACAUGGAACAUGGUCAAAUUUCGACACGGAUUCAUUCGAUACAUUUACUAUUGUCUCAAUCUCUUUGCCUCGAUAGCGGUGGUUGAAAGUUGCAUGAUGGUUGUCGCGUCACUAGUUCCCAAUUUCUUGAUGGGCAUUGUCACAGGAGCAGGAAUCAUUGGGAUCAUGAUGAUGACCUCCGGUUUCUUUCGUCAAAUACCUGAUCUUCCAAAGCCGUUUUGGCGCUACCCGAUAUCUUACAUAAACUAUGGAUCAUGGUCGCUACAGGGAGCUUACAAGAACGAUAUGUUAGGGCUAGUGUUCGAUGGCUUAACACCCGGGGACCCUAAAUUGACAGGCGCAGAAGUAAUCACAAAAAUGUACCGAUUGCCUUUGAAUCACUCAAAAUGGUGGGAUUUGUGUGCUAUAUUCGCCAUUCUGGUUGGGUAUCGUAUCUUAUUCUUCUUGGUUCUUAAGUUCAAGGAGAAAGUUUCACCAUUUUUUCAAACAAUACAUGCAAAAAGAACGAUUUAUCGUCUAAACAGGCGACCAUCAUUCAAGCGAUUCCCGUCUUCUAAAAGACAAUAUAAACUCCGGUCUCUGUCUUCACAAGAGGGCCUUGGUUCCCCAAUGCAGUAGCUCUAUAACUAAUACCUUAUAGGAAUAUUGGUGAGGUAUACGAUUUAUUACUCUAGAUUUUUGCAAAGUUCCAUCUCAUAUUAAACUUUUCGUUUGUGUAUUUUCUUUUUGUACAACUUUAUUUAUCAGAAUAAAACUGAAAUCCUCAAUCUUAGCACUUUAUAUAUUA